AAUCGCUCUUCUCAUCUUCUCCAUGGGAAAGAAAGUUAAGAGGGAGGCUGAAGAUGAUGAUUUGGAGACCAAAACAAAUCUGAAGAAGCAGAAGAAAGAGGUGAUUGAAACAAUGGAAGGAUUGGUUGAUCAUCUUAAGAGGAUUGAAUCAAAAUUUGAUUUGUUGGCUACAAAGGUUGAUCAAUUGAUCUCAGUGAAAGGUGAGAGUGUUCAUGUCAAGAAGUCCUUAAAGGCCAAGGCAGAGAUCAGUUCCUCUGAGGAUGAAUCAUCUUCUUCUGAUGAGGAUUCUAUGGAUUCUUCUUCCUCUGAAUCAGAAGAUGAUUCGUCUUCAUCAGAUGAUGAGGAAAGUGAUCAAGGUGAAAAAGCUGAGGUGAAAACAGCUAAGAUUCCUAAAAAUGAGAGCAGUAAUAAUGUUGAUUCUACCAAUGAUGAAAAGGAGAGUGAAUGUAGUUUUAGGUCUCCUACUUUUGGCUAUGUUAGCCGUAGUGGUCGUUGGCCUUUUGCAGGUGGUCGCUUCUCAGGUGGUCGUUGUGGUGGUCAGGGAUUUUGUGGGCGCUGUUAAGGUUAGGAAGAGACAAGUCUCGUGUAAUAAACAGACCUUGUUUUUACUCUGUUAUAAGACUAGGUUCUUCUCAUGUUAGAAGAUUAUCUUGCAAGUAAUAAACCUCUUCUCUAUCUACUUGUUACAGAAUCAAAUUAAUUUUGAACUAUUAGAGAGUAGAGAAGAACUUGUC